ACGAAGCCUCCACCAUUCGGCACCCAAACAAGAUCAGGAUUGCUUGUCAAACAUCACCAACUAAUAUCGAACAUGACGCUACGUUUGGCUCUUGUAUUUGUCGCAGCAUUGGUCAUCUUCAAGGUCGGAGCUUUCCCUUCUUUCGAGAACGAGGCCGUUGUUGCACCGAAACAAUCGAAGGUGGGUGAACUAACGAGCUCAACAACCGAGGCCUGCAAACGCGAAGGUGGUCUGUGCGUGAUCACGAGUCAAUGUCCCCAGCAAUCGCUAUCGUCCAAGAAGGGCCUGUGCGGCGGAGACAAAGAAUGCUGCCACUCACUGCCAGAUACCAUCGUCAGUUGCGAAGAACGCGGCGGAACGUGCAGGCUGUCAUCUGAAUGCAAGAAAGGUCCUCGUGAUCCGCUCGGUCGUUGCGACACAGGUCACGUUUGCUGCAUCCUCAUUAGGUAAAACUCGCUUGUGCAGCUUGUCUGACGCCAACCAGCUAAAAGACAAUUUAAUGGCAUAAUGUCUUGGAUUCAAACACACAUUAAUUAUUGGGGGAAAAUCAAUUAGUUUCAUAUCGAAUGG